UCCAGGAGUUUGCGUCUGCGUGUUUCUUCCGAGUUCUGUCGGAUCUUCGCACCCCUCAAGGGAACGCCGCAAGGCCCCAUGGGAAUUGAGACAUUUCCAGGGUUGCUAAGGCGCUGAGUCCGACUCGGCCGUUUGCCCAGGGGGAGGGGCUUUCUGAGGCCCCGCCCCACCGCCAUGCGGCCCGCCGGGUUUGCGAUCUGGCUGCACCUAGCCUUGGCCCUCGUCGGCCACCUGGCUGUGGGGUGGGCCUCGGCCCGAUCCCCCAUCUAUGUCAGCAGCUGGGCCGUGCGGGUGUCCCAGGGUUACCGGGAGGCCGAGCGCCUGGCACGCAAAUUCGGCUUCGUUAACCUGGGGCAGAUCUUCCCCGACGGACAGUACUUUCACCUGAAGCACCGGGGUGUGGCCCAGCAGUCCCUGACCCCGCACUGGGGACACCGCCUGCGCCUGAAGAAGGAGCCCAAGGUGCAGUGGUUUGAGCAGCAGACGCUGCGGCGGCGGGUAAAGCGCUCCGUGGCCUUGCCCAGGGACCCCUGGUUCCCCAGGCAGUGGUACAUGAACAACCAGGUGCAGCCGGACCUAAACGUCCUGCAGGUCUGGAGUCAGGGGCUGUCCGGCCAUGGUGUUGUGAUCUCUGUCCUGGACGAUGGCAUCGAGAAGGACCACCCGGACCUCUGGGCCAACUAUGACCCUGUCGCCAGCUAUGACUUUAACGACUGCGACCCAGACCCUCAGCCACGAUACACACCCAGCGACGAGAACCGGCACGGGACCCGCUGUGCUGGGGAAGUGGCAGCCAUAGCAAACAACGGGCUCUGUGGUACAGGCGUUGCCUACAAUGCCCGCAUUGGAGGCGUGCGCAUGCUGGAUGGCACCAUCACAGACAUCAUUGAGGCCCAGUCCCUGAGCCUGAAGCCGCAGCACAUCCAUAUCUUCAGUGCCAGCUGGGGCCCUGAGGACGACGGCCGCACAGUGGAUGGCCCGGGCGUCCUCACCCGCGAGGCCUUCAGGCGUGGUGUGACCAAGGGCCGCGGUGGGCUGGGUACGCUCUUCGUCUGGGCUUCGGGCAAUGGCGGCUUGCACUACGACAACUGCAACUGUGACGGCUACACCAACAGCAUCCACACACUCUCGGUGGGCAGCACCACCCAGAAGGGCCACGUGCCCUGGUACAGCGAGGCCUGCGCCUCCACACUCACCACCACCUACAGCAGCGGCGUGGUCACUGACCCCCAGAUCGUCACCACGGACCUGCACCACCAGUGCACAGACAAGCACACAGGCACCUCGGCCUCGGCCCCCCUGGCAGCUGGCAUGAUCGCCCUGGCUCUGGAGGCCAACCCACUCCUGACAUGGAGGGACAUGCAGCACCUGGUGGUCCGUGCGUCCAGGCCAGCGCAGCUCCAGGCCGAGGACUGGAGGAGCAACGGUGUGGGACGCCAAGUGAGCCACCACUACGGCUACGGGCUGCUGGAUGCCAGGCUGCUGGUGGACAUGGCACGCAUGUGGCGACCCACGCAGCCCCAGCAGAAGUGUGCCAUUCAGAUUGUGCACCAGCCCACCCCCAUCCUGCCGCUGUUGGAAGUGAAGAAGAAUGUGUCGGCUUGCACGGGCCGGUCCUCCGUCAUCAGCUCGCUGGAGCACGUGCAGGUGCAGCUGUCACUGUCCUACAGCCGCCGCGGGGACCUGGAGAUCUCUCUCACCAGCCCCAUGGGCACCCGCUCCACGCUCGUGGCCGUCAGGCCCUUUGAUGUCAGUGGCGAAGGCUACAGCAACUGGACCUUCAUGUCCACCCACUUCUGGGACGAGGACCCGCAAGGCCUGUGGAUCCUGGGCCUGGAAAACAAGGGCUACUAUUUCAAUACGGGGAUGCUGGAGCGCUACACACUGCUGCUCUACGGAACGUCUGAGGACAUGACAGCCAGGCCCACUGGCCCCCAGGGGACCCGCAGCGCAUGCGUGCAGCAGGACACAGAGGGGCUGUGCCAGGAAUGCCACAGCCCUGCCUACCUUCUGGGCCACCUCUGUCUGUCCCAGUGCCCGCCGCGGUACUUCGGCCACACGCAGCAGGCGGUGACUGCGGGGCCUGGGCGCUCAGCCGCGCCUGCCCUGCGGGUGUGCUCCCGCUGCCACGCGUCCUGCUACACCUGCCGCAGCAGCUCCCCGCGCAGCUGCACUUCCUGUCUCCCGCCGGACACACUGGACAAGCUUCGGGGCUCCUGCUCAGGACCCGCUGCCCCCAGCGGCCAGCCCCAGCCCACUGCGACCACCUGUCCCCACUGGCACCGGGGCCUGGCCCAGGCCGUGGUGCUGGCCCUGCUGGCUGUGGCCUUUGGAAGCCCCUUCUAAUGCAGAGUCCUCUCUGCAGGCUGCCGCCACCCUGUGCCAGCACCCCCAGCCCUGGAGGCCGCCCCCAACACCACCCCAGGCCCAGCUGCUAGCCCCAGGCAGGCCCCACCGCCCCAAAACCUUGCUCCAGACUGGGGCCUGGGGGACAGGAACCUACCCCCAGAAGGCCCUGGCUGACCACUGAGGCCCAAAGGCCAGGGGCAGCCCAAGUGGAAUCCUGUACCCCGGACCUGGCAGGUCCAGGAGGAAAAGCAAAAGAGGUCUAGUUGCACAGUUUGGGGUGAGAUGGGGGUGGGAGGAGGCAGAGGCCGGUCUCAGCCACCAUGUCUCCCUGUCCCAGAACUGGGGAAGCUGGCAGGGGUAGAUGGGGGGCAGAAGGGCGUUCUACUAAGUGCUUAUAUUAGCCACAUUUUUCUAAAAUAGUUGAAUUUUCUUAACUUAAUUGAUGGAUGUGAAAAGUGAGGCAUGAAGGAGCUAGACUUAACAUUUUCUUAGCAUAAAAUGAGAUGCAGUAUUUGGAUAUGACAUCUUAUCAAGGCUAACAUCAUCAGAGUUUGCUGCUUCUGGAGAGAAAUGUACAGAGUUCAGAUACGGGUAAAACAAUUGCCAGGAACAAUGAGUGCCAAGUACCCUGACGGCCUGAGGAAGUUGCUAGAACAACUAUGGAGGACUUCUUCUCUGCUUCCCAUCAGGUGGUGCUGGUUUGGCCUUUCUGCGUCAAAUCAUUAUUUGUUCUGUGUUUAAAGAUGUCCUUUAGGAAUGACAAACAGAGAUCUUAGUUUUAUGAACCCCACUUGAUGAUUUCAAGAUUUUCUGUCAUUGGUAUGCACACCAGGUAAAAAGCACCUUUUUAACGAUGAUGCCAUUAACAAAGACUUAUUCUGUACACAAGCAAAGAGCUAAUUCCCAUCAGAAGAGAGGCUGACAGACUCCAGCACGAUCAACGGUGCCCGGGCCAUCAGGGUGUCACUGGUGCAGAAGCGGGUGUAAGAUUUGUCUGUCUUCUGUUGUGCCAGACAGUGAAAGAUGUGCCAGAAACACAGCAUGACAUCAAUUUCCUCACUACACUUUUGUUUUGGAAAAUGUCGUUAUUUUUCAUAGAAGUAAGUAUGUUUACUUAUGUGAACAUCCACGGGAUGAUUCUUAUUUCUAAAUGAAUUAAUAAAGCCAUCCUUUAAAAAUC